AUGAUCCAGGUCCCUAGCGCAACAGCCGAACACGCGUCCGAUGGCAUCGCAGCCGAGAAGGAUGAGGCGCUGGAGGUGGUGAGCGACGAGGCGCGGGAAAUUGAUCCGGCUGUAGAAAAGCGUGUGCUGCGCAAGAUUGAUUUGUUCUUUAUGCCGGCGAUGUUGAUCGGGUAUGGAUUUGUAUACUGGGAUAAGGCUAUUCUGGGAAGUGCAUCUUUAUUCGGGAUGACGACCGAUCUGGCCCUGAUAGUGGUGGAUAACUCCACCUCGCCGCCUUCCAAAGAUACAUCGCGUCUCAGCUGGGCAACCUCGAUCUUUUACUUCGGUAUGCUAGCGGGUCUGUACCCGAUGACGUUCAUUCUCCAGCGAUUCCAAAUCCGAUAUGUCUUCGGACCGAUUGUUAUGCUGUGGGCCAUCACAUGUGCGGCUACUGCAGGCGUGACAACCUGGCAGGGCCUGUUUGUUCAGCGGUUUUUCCUCGGAUUCGUUGAAAGCGUCGUGCCAACUGGUUUCAUGACCAUCGUCAGCGGGUACUAUACCCAGCAAGAGCAAGCCAUGCGUCAGGCGUGGUGGUUCUCCGGCACCGGAUGGUUCACCAUCAUUGGAGGAGCGCUGAACUACGCAUUCGGGCAGAUCACCUCGGGCUCGUUGACGCGAUGGCAAUACAUUUACAUUUUUGCGGGAGCCUUGACCUUCCUCUUCGGUCUUUGGUGCUGCAUGAUGCCCAACUCGCCCGUUUCCGCCUGGUUCUUGACCCCAGAAGAGCGCGUGGUAGCCGUCGAACGACUCCGAAAGGGCCAAACAGGAGUCCGCUGCCAGCAGAUCAAAUAG